AUGUCGCAUAGUAAUCGCCAUUCUUACAAGGCUGACCCCUACAGAGCAGUAAGAAAGCCUCCCAGUCCAGAUGGCUACUACGAUUCUCCUAGUCUGCACUCUGAUCAAUAUCACUCAAGAUCACCCUCAGAGAGCAGCACCUCCAAAUUAGCCACACCCAUAGUAGCAACAGCAGCAGUAAAUCAGGACCCCUAUGCACCCAAAUCACAUCAUCACAAAAAGAAGAAAAAGUACAAGCCUUCUUCAGCGACGACGACGACGACGACGACGACAAUGAUGGAAGGAGAAAAGAGAGCAAAUUCAUACUUACCGUACUCAAACCACAAUCGAAACCCCUACGACCCUGUGGAACCCAUUUACUUGGAUCAAGACGACGAUUACCUACCUAGCUUCAAUUCGCCAGGCCAAUAUCGCUCAUCAUCACAUCAGGGCAGAGGCCCUGUAGGCUCUAUUCUGCAAGAUAAUAUCGUGAUGGAUAUGAUGAGCGAUCAUCACCACAACAACGACGAUGACUAUCAAACAAAACCCCAUUUGGAGCAAAUACAACUACCACCUAUCAAAAAGAAAAAGUGGUAUGCACGAUGCGGCGGUAGUGGCAAGAAAUUGCUCAUCAUUGUGUUUGUGCUUAUCAUUGCUGUGGCUGUCAUCACCUAUUUUGUAUGGCCAAGAACACCUACAUUGCAAUACCUCAGUGCUGGCUUAGUUGAAGGCACGCAACCCGUCUACAACGACACACUGAUGGUCGCAGAAUGGAAUGUUAAUUUCACCGUGAUCAAUGACGAUAGUUUUAUACCUACCAACAUACAAAACUUGGCUGUCAAUGUCAUUGAAAAUGGCUCGGGCGAUGUCUUUGGUAGGGGGAAUUCAGGGCAUCUCAUGUUGCAAGCAAGGCCCAAAGACAGACAAACCAUUACGAUACCCAUUUCCAUCAAUUUUCAACGAGACGCAACGAAUCCAGCAAUUAAAGCCUUAUUGACCGCUUGCAAGAUCAAGGAGGUGGAUUCAGCAAAUGCACCGAAACAAAGCUUGAGUCUUACGUUUGAGAUUGUGUAUUACAUUGCUGGUAUAGUAUGGCAUCCUGUAGCAAGAGUGUUUCCAACUGCGUAUUUCGAUUGUCCUUCUUGA